CCUUCCUUCUCUCCUCUGGGUGCGCGCGCAGCAAUAGCAGCGACUGAAGAGGAACAAACAAAUAACCCAGCGGAGCCCGGGAUGCGGUUCCCUCCGACUGCCUCCCCCGCCGCUGCUCCCACCGGAUCCUAGUCGACCUUUCCGGACCUGGUGUGGGCUUUGGGGUCUGGGUCGCGAUGGGGGUGAACGCGGUGCACUGGUUCCGCAAAGGGCUCCGGCUCCACGACAACCCGGCCCUCAGGGAGGUCAUCCAAGGAGCAGACUCCGUCCGCUGCGUCUACAUCCUCGACCCUUGGUUCGCCGGCUCUUCCAACGUGGGCAUCAACCGCUGGAGGUUUUUGCUUCAGUGUCUUGAAGAUUUGGAUGCAAACUUACGCAAGCUAAAUUCUCGAUUGUUUGUCAUUCGGGGACAGCCUGCAGAUGUGUUUCCUAGGCUCUUUAAGGAAUGGAACAUCACUAAACUUUCUAUUGAAUAUGAUUCUGAACCAUUUGGGAAAGAAAGAGAUGCAGCAAUUAAGAAGUUGGCUAGUGAAGCAGGAGUGGAGGUCAUUGUACGGAUUUCACAUACUCUGUAUGACCUAGACAAAAUUAUAGAAUUGAAUGGAGGACAACCACCUCUUACUUAUAAGAGAUUCCAGACUUUAAUAAGUAGAAUGGAACCAUUGGAGAUGCCUGUAGAAACUAUUACUGCAGAAGUAAUGUCAAAGUGCACCACUCCAGUUUCUGAUGACCAUGAUGAGAAAUAUGGUGUUCCAUCACUGGAAGAACUAGGUUUUGAUACAGAUGGAUUGCCUUCUGCUGUUUGGCCUGGUGGAGAAACAGAAGCUCUUACAAGAUUGGAAAGGCACUUAGAAAGAAAAGCUUGGGUAGCAAACUUUGAACGGCCACGAAUGAAUGCCAAUUCUCUUCUUGCAAGUCCUACGGGACUUAGUCCAUAUCUGCGUUUUGGCUGCUUAUCCUGCCGCCUCUUUUAUUUCAAGUUAACAGACUUAUACAAAAAGGUAAAAAAGAACAGCUCUCCUCCUCUUUCUCUCUAUGGCCAGUUGUUGUGGCGUGAAUUCUUCUACACAGCAGCUACUAACAAUCCACGCUUUGAUAAAAUGGAAGGCAAUCCCAUAUGUGUGCAGAUUCCAUGGGACAGGAAUCCGGAGGCUUUAGCAAAAUGGGCUGAAGGCAGGACAGGGUUCCCUUGGAUUGAUGCUAUCAUGACCCAGCUGCGUCAGGAGGGCUGGAUCCACCAUUUGGCCAGACAUGCUGUGGCCUGCUUUUUGACUCGGGGUGAUCUGUGGAUUAGUUGGGAAGAAGGAAUGAAGGUAUUUGAAGAAUUGCUUCUGGAUGCUGACUGGAGUGUGAAUGCGGGCAGUUGGAUGUGGCUGUCUUGUAGCUCCUUCUUCCAGCAAUUUUUCCAUUGCUAUUGUCCUGUGGGUUUUGGCAGAAGAACUGACCCUAAUGGAGAUUAUAUCAGACGGUAUCUACCUGUACUUAGAGGUUUUCCUGCAAAAUAUAUAUAUGAUCCUUGGAAUGCUCCUGAGGGUGUCCAGAAGGCAGCAAAAUGUGUCAUAGGUGUGAAUUAUCCAAAACCAAUGGUAAAUCAUGCUGAAGCAAGUCGCUUGAAUAUUGAGAGGAUGAAACAAAUCUACCAGCAACUCUCACGAUACAGAGGAUUAGGCCUCCUUGCAUCAGUGCCAUCAAAUGGGAACGGGAAUGGAAAUGUUGGCCUAAUGGGAUAUUCACCGGGGGAGAUCAUCCCAGGUUGCACUAAUACAAGUGGAUCUCAAAUGGGAAUGAAUGAAGGGCAUGCAGGGAGUGUUCAAGCAUGUGCUCUGGGAGAAUCUCAUACAGGAACAAGUGGAAUUCAGCAGCAAGGUUAUUGUCAAGGAAAUGGUAUUUUGCAUUAUGCUCAUGGGGACAGUCAAAAAACACACUCAAUCCAGCAAGGAAGAACAUCACUUGGCACUGGAGUAUCCAAUGGAAAACGUCCAAGUCCAGAAGAGGAAACUCAAAGUGUUGGCCCAAAAGUACAGCGACAGAGCAGCAAUUAACUGGGUAAAAAUGAAAAUUCUGAAGGAAAUGAUUGAUAAAAACUUCAUACUUUAUCCAGCACCCCAAAGACUAAACAUGCCUACUGCAUAGCUGAGGAUGUAAUUCCCAGUGGAAGAGUGGACCAAGUACUAUUGAACCUAACUGGCAGUAGCCAAGAAUCCUGUUGCCAUUCAUUUCAUAUUUCUAGUUGUCAUAUAAGGAUAUCCUGUGCAUGACUUGUAUUGACAGUUUAGCUGCACUUAGUUUCUAUUUUCCCAUUAAACUGUGUUUUAACUUGGUCCUUUUUUAGAGGUUGUUGAGUGAUAAAGCCCUGCUAGCCAUAUAAGUAACAGGCACAGUGGAAAUAUUUAUUUUGUUUAUUUGAAUCAAUUUGCUAAUUUUAAUGUGCUCACAUAGUUUUUAUACUGGGAAAGUAAUUGUUAUUUUUCGUUUUAUCCAUUAUUUUCUCCUUCUGUAUUAUUCAUUUUUUCUUCUCUUUUCCUCUUUAAAGGGAUUAUCCUCUCCCACAGUAUAGCUGUGUUGCACAUGAACUUGCCUACAUAGGCUGCAGUUGUUUUUUUCCCCUACUGCUCAUCAGUUUUCAUGUUGCUACAUAUGUGUAUCAGUUAACAAAUACAUUAGUUACACAUUUAGAACAAGUAGUUAAACCUACUCUGAAGUAGCUUUGAUCCUGAUAUGAAAUAGUAAUUCUGUUCCAACUUUAUCUUGUGUUCAUAUAAUAGGGCUAUCAGUUUUCUCUUCCCGCCCUGGUGCAGACUAUAAGGGAGUUCACAGAAAGCAUUCUGUACAAAGUGUCUUAAAAGUUUUAUUGGGGAAGGGUGCCAUCUCUCUUGGUAUGUUUUCCACACCAGGACUUGUAAAUGUUUUUACCUCUGCUGAUACUUACCAGUUGGCAUAGACAAGUGGAAUAGUUUAUUUUGCUUUGUGUAAUAAUUGUAAUCGUAAAAAUUGCUCAAGCAAUAAUUCUGAGGUAUGAGUUCACUUCUUAGUUCUGUGUAAAAUGGUGUGUCAUCAACAUCUGAAAUGAAUAUGAAAACCAUUAUUAUUUAUUACUGAACUUUGUGUCUAUAUAAAAUGAAAGCAGUUUUCCCAACACACAUCCCUUAGUCUAAUCAGUGGCUUCCUGGUUAAUUUGAAUAGUAAAAAGAGCUAAAAAAGAAACAUCCAUUUGGUUAGCACUACUUUUCACCCCAUUUCCCCCGAUUUGUAUACAGUCGGCCCUUCUACAUGGAUUUUUUAUACACGGAUUCAAGCAUACACGGUUUGAAAAUGUUCAAAAAAGGUAUAAAUUUCAAAUAUCAAACCUUGAUUUUCCAUUUUUUAUUUUUGCUAUGCCAUUAUAUUUAAUGGGACUUGAGCAUACACGGAUUUUGUUAUACACGGGGGAUCUUGGAACCAUACCUCAGCGUAUAACAAGGGUCCACUGUAUACUGAAUAUGUCCUAUUAGUUCAACCUUUGAGGUAUGCCAAUAGGUAGAUUUCCACACUAAGUACUACUCAUAGUUCACAUUAUAAUAUUGCAGAAUGGCAAAAGUUUUGAAGAAAUUUUGCUUCAGGGAAUUGUUUCUUUUUAUGAAGGAAGUUUGGUAUAGCCUUGUGUUCAACUUUUAAAAUAUAAUAGAUGCCAACAGGUUGGUAUAAAAGAUCAAUCUAAUGAAGAAGAAGAAAAAAUUAAAGAACUCUUACAUUGCUUAUUCUUUUAAAUAUCUUCGAUGUGCCCUGUUUUGAUAGCAGAUUUUCAGCUGCAGAUUUGUGCACGGUUACCUGAGAGUAAAUCCAGGUGAAAUCAGUGGGGCCUAUUUCUAAGUUGUAAUGUUAGCUUUUCAAUGCAGAUGUUUCUGUGAAGAAUUCCUCCCAUCCCCACUUCCAUUCCAGCUUUAUUGGAUAUGUAUUACUAAAAUUCCUUCUGUUUAAUUUUUGCUUGGUUCUCUACUUGUUUUUCUCCAUUCUUCCUUGUCUGGACUUCUGUUGCCAGUGAGCAACCACACGUUGCAUCUUAUGGCUCUACACACAGCUGCUAUAGUUCAUUUGGACCAUUUAUGAUUUGCAGACAGGCAGUGUUUGCAACUUCAAUUAAAAUCCAUCUCAUUAAAAAUAAAAGCAUUCUAUUAACAAAUGUUGGGAUACUUAGAAGACACAGUCAGUUUAGUCACCUGCUUCAAUAUUAAAAAAAUAUCAAAAGAGAUAUUAUAUCAAGAUAUAUUGACAAUUCAUUCCUAAUGGAUUGAUUCAUUUUUAUAUUACAGCAUUGCUGAAAGAAGGAUCUACAUCCUAAAAUUUCAGGGCAAAUUUAUUUGACUUCAUAUUGGAAUUAAAAGUUUUCGUGAGAGUACUUGUAUUAAAAUGUGCAUUUUCAUACAUUUAUUUUCACAUAGUGAAUCAUUGUAUGAAAAGUAUGGUUUUUUUUGGAAUGCAUUGUUUCUAUCUGGCAUUUCUAUGGUUUUUCAAAACGUUUAAUGCUUUUAACAAAGGGGAAAUAGAGAUUUGUAAAUAAAGCAUUUGGUGAUGAGUUUGGUAACUUAAUGUAAAUAUAAGCAUUCAUGAUUAGUGAUAGACUCAUAUAUUUUUGAUAUUUCAUGUAUGGCUCUCACUAAAAGCUUUAGUGGAUAUUUGUAAAAUGGAAAGUGUUCAGGCAAUGAUGAUCUAGAAUCCUUUUUAGAUUUAAUAUUUUUAGAUUUUGGACAGGAUUUUUGACCUCUGAUCCAAGCUCUGUCUUUUCAAAAUGUCAACUCUUGUAUGUCUGUGUAUAAAAUAUAAUAGAGUUGUUACUGUUUGGAAAUACAACUGUAUAUAAGUCCCAUAUGCCAAUAUUUUUCUUAAACUACAGUUGUCAUGUAAUAUGGCCUGUCCUUGUAUUUCCUACCAUUGUCUUCAAUCACAGUGAAGAUGCCCUUGUUAAUAAAAAUGUACAUACAUCCUGUUUCA